CUUGUAUAUUAUUAUCAUCCUCCCUAUACCUCUUCCACCACCCACUCUCUGCGAUCCUUUUCUCCAUACCACGAACUUCUUGAUUGCUUAUAUUAAAUGAACUACGUGCAGCUCGAAAAACUAGGUGAAGGAACAUAUGCCACAGUGUACAAGGGAAGGUCGAGAACUACAAAUGAAAUUGUCGCCUUGAAGGAGAUUCAUCUGGAUGCGGAGGAAGGCACACCUUCUACUGCCAUCCGUGAAAUUUCUCUCAUGAAAGAACUCAAGCAUGUUAAUAUCGUACGGCUCCACGAUGUUAUUCAUACAGAAACAAAGCUUGUCCUCAUAUUCGAGUUUUGCGAACAAGAUCUUAAGAAGUACAUGGACCAACAUGGCGAGCGUGGCGCCCUUGAUCCCAACACUGUUCGCAGCUUCAUGUACCAACUUCUCAAGGGUACAGCCUUUUGCCACGAAAACCAAGUCUUACAUCGAGAUUUGAAGCCACAAAACCUGUUGAUCAACCGUAAAGGCGAGCUGAAGUUGGGCGAUUUCGGUUUAGCGAGAGCAUUUGGUGUACCGGUCAAUACAUUCUCUAAUGAGGUAGUGACUCUUUGGUACCGAGCGCCCGAUGUUCUCCUUGGUUCCCGGACAUACAGUACAUCCAUUGAUGUUUGGUCGUGCGGUUGCAUAUUCGCAGAAAUGAUAUCCGGAUUGCCACUGUUCCGAGGACGGGAUAAUAACGAUCAACUAUUGCAUAUCAUGAGGAUCAUUGGUACGCCUAGUCAACAAACGUUCGACAAAAUGGCCAAGGAAUCUCCGGAAAUUCAGAUAAAGCAAUACCCUCGCUACCCCAAGCAGGACCUGCGCUCUGUGGUGCCUAAGGCAUCGCCGCACGCCAUUGACCUUCUUGAGCGUCUACUAAAAUUUGAUCCUGCUGAAAGAAUAUCCGCCGCCGAAGCACUUUCCCAUCCCUACUUUACUGCUUCCGCCUCGAACAGCACAUUUACCGCAGGCUCGAUGGCACCUCCUGCAUUUUCCUUCCCGCACCCUCAUGGGCUGCCUCCUCCCCAGCAGCAACAACAGGCAUAUAGCCGCCCGCCGAAUUUCAUAGCGAAUCCUGUUUCGGUUCAUCAGAUGCACGCCCAACAACAACAGCAAGCUCAAGCAGCGGCUAUGGGCACAGGAUAUGGUGGGGUGCCUAUGCAUUAUAACGCAUCGUUCGGGCAUAAUCCUCGUUAA